CUGCAGAGAGAUUACUGACAAUUAAUUCUUAGGAAGAGGAAAGGGUAGCAUAAUAAGAAUCUGGAAAUUCUAGGAGAUUCUAAAAUUGAGUAAUAAUAAUCAUUCCUUAAAGAACAAUAAUAACGCGACAUUAAUUUCUUACAAAAUAACUUUAUACUACUAAUAAUAAUAAUAUCAGAAAUUGUAAAAUUGUGACAAUGGUGGGCUACAUGUUUCCCCCCGGACAUCACCCUCAACAACAACCUCUGCCCCAGCAAAUGCCGGCACAACAACAACUCCUCCCCCUCGGGGUGGGUGCAGUCGCUCUCGAUCCGCAACAGCAGCAACAGCAAUCCCAAUCCGUGGGUCAAGGUCAAGGGCCUGCCUCGCAACAACCAGUUGGAACAGCCAAACCAAACUCUGCCAACAAUGGGGGGCAGAACAAACAACCUCGGUGGACCGGUGACCCUCAAGAGUUGACGACCAAAAAGUUGUGGGAAGUUGGAGAUCCGCCGGGUACCGUGAACGUGAAUGCUAAAGAAGACAAAUUAAUGGGAGGGUGGCAGUUUAGGAAUGACACGUGGUCACCAAAUUCAGAACAUCACGGAGUUACGGGUGGACUUGGAAUGACGAGAAGACAGGGCGGAUUUACAGAUGGGACUUUGAUCCUCUCCCCACGAUCUAACGAGACUGGAGGACUUGGAGCUAAAAUGGUGGAGUACGUAUUGGGGGCUUCGCCCACCGGAAAAGAUCUGGAUAGCAGGAUGCCCAUGCGACACCUUGUUAAUGACGAGAAAGACAAAAACGAGAAAGUGAAGAAAGACGUAGAGAAUGGGGUCGUCGUUGUGCAGCAGAAUGGAAUGGGGGAAGACAUGUCUGGAAUGCAGAACCAUCACCACCACGCCCACCACCAACAGCAGCAGCAACAACAACACCAUCAACAUCAAUUAGCACAGUAUCAACAGGCCCAACAACAACAGCAGCACCAUCAUCAACAGCAGCAACAACAACAACAGCAACAUUUGCAACAGCAACAUUUGACCAUGCAACAAAUUACAUCUCAUUCCAUCCACAUGCAUGGUCAUCAUCCUCAACCUCAGGAGGAGAAAGGUCUCCAAAGUAUGACACAAGACGAAGCCCAAUCUCUUCAUGCUCAAAUGAUGGCUAUGAACCUUAAUGGACACCAUGCCAGUCAAAUCCAAACCCUUCAAAAUCAUCAGCAUCAACAACAAAUGCAAAAUCAUGCACAAAAUCUUCAACAUCAGCAUCAACAACAUAUAGAUGGGUUCGAAAUGACGAUGGAUCCGUCAUCCGUCCAGGCGCAACAACAGGCCGUUGUUGCUGCUGCUGCAGGGGUGGGAGCGCCAGGUGGAAUGGGCGUCGGUGUGGGAUUUGAGCAGAGCCCUUAUGCUGGACUGAAUCAUCACAUGGUCCCUCAUCCUCAACAUCAUGGAGGAGUUAUGCAACCGUAUGACCAACAACAGCUCUUCCGCAAUCACAAUGGUUCUGCUGGUAAUGGAAAUCCUCAAAUGUCCCUCGUGCCGCAACAGUAUCUUCAACAGCAACAGCAACUCACUGCAGCUGGCAUCCCUCAACCGUCCGCAGGGUAUCCGCUCGCUCCAUAUGUUAUCAAUCCGCAAGAGCCGUACACACUCAUUGCUGCAGGGUCCACUGUUGUCCCGGGUUAUUACGGGAUGGCCCCAUGGGGUCUGUACCCUACAGCCGGAUUGAUCGGAGCACAACAGCAACGCCGUCCCUUGACCCCCACUGGAGGAAAUGAGAUGGUGGCUUCGAACGUGAAUGUAAAUGUCAAUGCCCAAGGUCAGUACCAAGUGAUUCCUGCCUACUACGAGAGCAUGAACGGUUCCCUGCUUGCGAUGGGGGCGAGGGGUGCCACCCCACUCAGACUAGUUUCUCCGGCACCAGUCCUGGUUAAUAAUCCCGGAUCGGGUGGCUUUGGACCAUUUCCUGGAGCACAUGCACAACCAUAUAAUCCCGCUUCUCUGAACGCUUCCAACAUGGGACAAGGUUCUCUCCCUAUUAGAAGAGAUUCUUUCGAAUCGGAUCAGGGACAAUGGGCCCCUUUUGGCUCGUUGGGAUCUCCUCCUCCUGGAAUGAUGAAUGGAGCUGCUUUCGGUGUUGGCGAUAAAGGACUUCGGGCAGGUUCAGCUCUGUUUGGCGCAACAUCACCCCUGUUCCCCAAAAUUGGGAGACAAGUAUCGGCCUCUGAUAAGCCAAGUGGAAGGUCACGUCUGUUGGAAGAUUUCCGAAACAACCGGUUUCCAAACUUACAGUUGCGGGAUAUUACGAAUCAUAUGGUUGAGUUCUCACAGGAUCAACACGGAUCUCGUUUUAUUCAGCAAAAACUUGAACGCGCUACCCCAGCCGAGAAGCAGCUAGUGUUCAAUGAAAUUAUCGCACAUGCCUAUCCUCUCAUGACUGAUGUAUUUGGCAACUAUGUAAUUCAAAAGUUUUUUGAGUUUGGAUCACCCGAGCAGAAGGCUGCCCUUGCCCAAAAGAUUCGUGGUCAUGUACUUCCUCUUGCAUUGCAAAUGUACGGAUGCCGGGUAAUUCAGAAGGCACUGGAAUCUAUUGGACCCGAUUUACAAAAAGAAAUUGUUCGUGAAUUGGACGGCCAUGUGCUUAAAUGUGUCAAAGACCAGAAUGGAAACCAUGUUGUGCAAAAGUGUAUCGAGUGCGUUGACCCGAGAAGCUUGGAUUUUAUAAUCAAAUCAUUUAACGGCCAAGUGAUUUAUACUCUAUCCACCCAUCCAUACGGCUGUCGGGUAAUCCAGCGUAUCUUGGAACAUUGCACUACGGAACAGACCAACGGAAUUCUGGAUGAACUUCACUCUCAAACUGAGCAGCUUAUUAAGGACCAAUAUGGCAAUUACGUUAUACAGCACGUUCUUGAACACGGGAAACCAGAGGAUAAAGCAAAAAUCGUCAACUGUGUGAAGGGAAAUGUAUGUCCCUAUGCUCAGCACAAAUUUGCUUCCAACGUCGUUGAAAAGUGCGUCACUUAUGCAAGCCGACAAGACAAGACUAUUCUCAUUGACGAGGUUACUUCUUAUAAUACUGACAAUGGUAUCACCACCAGCCCCCUCAAUAUCAUGAUGAAAGACCAGUAUGCUAACUACGUUGUGCAGAAAAUGAUUGAUGUGGCAGAGCCUUCUCAAAGAAAAAUGUUGAUGCAACGUAUUCGUCCACAUUUAGCUCAGCUACGAAAGUAUACCUAUGGGAAGCACAUUAUUGCCAAACUCGAAAAGUACUUUCUCAAGAACAAUACUGACCUUGGGCCUAUCGGUCCACCACCUUCCGCAAAUCAAGGCACUCUUUAACUUGACUACAAUUUCGACUCAUUGCUCAAUCUAAUUGAAGGAAUGUCUGUAUCUUGACUCGAACUCAACCUUUUGAACAUUAACGAACUUAUGUACACUUAAGUGUUAACUAAUUACAAGUAAUUUAAGUACGCUGCACAGUUUGUAAUUAAUCUUGUAAACAAGAAACGAAGAUUCCAUAUUAUUGAAUAUUGAACCAGCUUUUUUUACAUACACGCUGAAAGCUGUUGCUGCGCUGUUAUUACUAUUAUGGAUAUACUGCAUAGUCUCUCAAUAAGUUUAUAAUGCUGAAGAUAAGCUCUCUAAUUUUAUUUCACACUUGUAAUUUUUGUUUGUUUUAUAUAUCGUGCACCAUCAUGUGUACUGUAAUCAUAAAUACUUGUGGAUUUUGUAUUAAUAUGUAACUAUUAUAUAUAAUUGACUUUAGGACUGUACCCUAAUGUAAUUUUGAUGCCGUGUGUAACUACAACUUGUACUACUUUUGUACCCUAAAAUGUGAACUAUUUUAAGCUAGCUAAAAUAAUACAAUAAUUAAAAGCUAUAAUUACAUAUGUAUGUUGUGCACUAAGCUCAGACUUGAAAGACUACAGCAGCGCAUUAAAAAAUGUACGUCCACAGUAUUUUCUCCUCGUGAAUGGUGAAGGGUCUUCUGGUUAUGAUUAUAAACGAUUUUUGGUAAUUUUUGAACGACAUUUGCGAGUUCCUUCAUUAAUGAUAAUUUAUGAUAAACUGGUGAAUUCCUACAUUUUUGAAUUAUUAAUUUAAUAAGUAUACACGGUUUUACGUUGAGAUGAUUUUGAUAAAACGAUCGAGAUAAUAAUAGUAAAAUUAUACAAAAGACUUACUUUAAUUUAUUAUUAUAUCUGUCCCGUUAUAUAAUAACGGAUUCAAAAAUCACAAAAUCUUGGACAUCUAUUAUUCGUCUCAUAUAUUAUUAUUAAUAAAGUCUUACUUUAUGAUGAUUAAAAUUAUUAUAUUAUGAUUACAUGGGAUCGAUAAAAUAAUUCCUAUAUUUCUACGAUAAGCUACAGUAAUUAUAUUCUUUGACCAGAAUAAAAUGUCUGACUGAAA